AUGGCGUCCUCCUACGAGAAAUUCGAGACCCGUAGACGGAAUCCAGACCCGAGAUCCGCCGCCCUUUUGGUCAUCGACAUCCAGAAUUACUUCGAUUCCGUGGCCCGCCCCAUUUUGUCUACCCUCAACGCUACUAUCGACCUCUGUCGACGCACUUCCGUACCCAUCCUCUUCACGCGCCACCGCCACAAGCCCCCUGCCGACGAGUCCACCCUCUUCGAGUGGUGGGAUGGUGACCUCAUCUUCGAUGGCACCCUCGAGUCGCAACUCAUCCCCGAUUUGCACCGGGAAGAAGCCGACCCCCUCAUCCUUAAGGACACUUAUAGUGCCUUCAUAGAGAGGCUGAAGGAGAUGGGAGUGAAGGAGGUGAUAGUGUGUGGGGUGAUGACCAACUUGUGCUGUGAGACCACCGCCAGAGAUGCCUUUGUUAGAGGUUUCAGGGUUUUCUUCUCCACUGAUGCAACAGCAACAUCAUCAUCUGAGUUGCAUGGCGCCACUCUCAUGAACUUGGCUUAUGGUUUUGCUUAUUUUGUUGACUGCGGCAGGCUUCGUCACGCAUUUUCCAGUUCGUAG